AUGGUACUCACUGAUGAGAUUUUAGCACAGGUCAUUGAUUUCAGUGAAGCAGAGCGUUCUGGGUACCUUCUUGCAUUUGCCAAGUUCCGCAUCAAACAUGGUGACUCCCGCACUCAAGACCAGCUCCUCACAGAUGGUGCGAAGCUUCUGAAGGGAUGUGAACAGCAUUUUCGCAAUGCAGUUACCUGUAUUAAACACAUCAGCUCCAUCAUUCCUGUCGAGGAUGAGAAGAAAUUCAAGAAACUGGUGAUGAAACUCUGCUCUGUUCCUAAUCAAGAGGAAUUUGAGGCGAUUGCCCAUUGCAUUGUUAAGAAAUGGUUGCACACAUCAACAUGGCUUGCAUGGUGGACAAGAGAGUCACAUGCCUCUAUGAUCUUCAAGUUGCAGCAGAUUAUGGAUGUGGAAGUUUGGGAUUCCAUUCCAGGAAGUAUGAAUGCAGAGGAGACAAUGCAUUGGAAACUCUAUUCGGGGGCUGGCUGUGAUCAUGAUGUGAUCAAAGGCUUUGAGGGUCUUUUGUCUAUAGCUAACUACUAUGAACGAUUGAAUGAGGCUGCUCUGGAGUCCAUAGAGGAAGCCACAUGCUUGGGUGGCAGCAUCGAAACCUGGUUUCAAGAAUUGAUGCAGGCUAAUCAGGCAGGACAUCUGAUGGAUGCAUGCUGGCACAAUGCAGAAGGAGUAUCCCCUUGUUGUGGAAAGCCUCAACUCUUGGAAUUCUAUGUAUCACUUCCUAUCAUCCUGACAAUUUCUGUUGAUGACUGGGAUCCCAAACACUGGGACUUUCCAGCAUCUUUCACUCCUACAUCUCUAAAGGAUGAUCAUAAUUAUGGGCUUGUAUACGACAUUAUGGCUUGCAUCUUUCUCAUUGAUGGGAACCAUUUUCAGACAUGCUAUAGAACUCCCACUCCAGAUAACAAAGGCUGCACAAUCUACAUCUAUAAUGGGAUGAGGAGCAAAGGCUAUGCUACUCACAAGCAAAAGGCUACAUUGGUGAUGCAUAUGACAGGAGAAGAGGUCAUUGAUAGGCCUGAUAAGUCUUAUCACACUCAGAUGGUCAUUUAUCAACUUCAUGGAGGUCGUACUGCACAAAAGGCUUUCCUUCAGGCACAAUUGGGCAUUGCUGAAAGAGUACAUGGGCUGUCCUUUGACUCUCAUGAUGUUAGCAUUGUUCCUGAUGUUGCAUUUACAAGAUAG